AUGUCUUUGGAGCAUAGAGUCAGUGACCAUAAAAAGGAAAACAUCUGCUACAUCAACAAUUCGUUCAAGCCGUUAAGUCCAUUUCUGAAAGCUUUCUCCCUAAAUUAUAACAAGAUUCAAACACAAAGAUGUACAAUUACAUCAUUCUUGUCCUUUACUAUUCCCAUUCUAGUACUGGGAGGCCUUAGUAUGGUCACAUUGUACUAUAAAAUUGUACAUGUGUACAAAGAUAUGCUUAUAUCUAUAAAAUACACCGACAUUAUUCAAGUUAUUUUUGAUUAUUUUCAAUAUAUAGUUGAUUUAUAUUUUGUUUACAAAUACGGAAGCAAAAUGGAAAUAUAUUUUAGAAAUCAUCAUAAAAUUGACGAAACUCUGGGCUGCGCGUAUAGUCCAGACUUAAAGCGAAAGCUUUUGAAAUUAGUUGUGAUUUUCUUCUUAUCGUGGACACUUACAUGUGUCUGUGAUUUCUUGGCUUGGUGGUACUGUACUGGAUUGGAAGUAUCUUUAGUGUUCUCCAUAUCGUACAUUUACAUAUUGAUCAAAGUUUUGACCAGUUUGGACUUAACGUCGCACGUUUUGCAAAUCGAGUUUCGCUUACGAAACAUUGCAGAAAAAGCACAGACAUGGCUCGAUACAAUUAAGUUCAGAAAGGAUUCAACACUAAAAAUGAAGCUGUACACUCGUUCAGAUGUUAUAACCGAACAUUCGUUAGAUAAUGUGGAAGUUAAUUCAGCGGACAAUUUGCCUGACUUUAAAUUGUUAAGUAAGUCGUAUCUUUGGCUCAUAGAGCAAGUAGACUUUAUUAAUGAAGUGUUCGGAACAAGGAUAUUAUUGAACAGCGUAAGUUUACUUAUAGAUAUGGUUAGAUUUACCAACAUUGCCGCCAGGAUUCAUCUUGGAUCACAGCAUCUGAACCGAAAUUAUCUUGGAAUUUUCCCCGUAAUUUCCACAAUAAUGAGGAUCAUGAUGUGCAUUGCUAUUCUUGUCAGUAUGGUUCACCACUGCGAGUUAGCAUAUCGAAAGAGAGACAGAAUUAUACAUAUCAUAGACCACUUCAAUAUCAUCAAUGAAGCUAGGCAAGAUUCGGGAUCAGCACUCAGCGACUUCCAAAGCCUUGUGCAAUCAAGACGGAUAGACUUCCACAUGUCCAGUCUAACUCAGCUCAACUAUUCUCUUCUAAGCUCUAUGGCAUCGAUUGUUGUUACAUACACUGUUAUCUUAUUGCAGAGUGUUAAUUAGAUCUAAUAUAUCUUAUAUAUACCUUAAGCGAUAAAAUUGUAUGCGGGAGAUUAUUUUAUAAAAGAGUUAUAUUA